UUGAGUACAAAAGUUUGAUAUUUUAUUGCUCCUGUAGUAGAUUUUUUUUACUGUACAGCGUGUUAUGUGGAUUUUAAUACAAAAUGAAUGUAUGUUUUUCUGAAGCAGUAAAAUGUUUAGGUUGAAGAGGAGUGAAGGAAUGACUGAAUAUAAGCUGGUGGUGGUGGGCGCUGGAGGUGUGGGCAAGAGCGCUCUCACCAUCCAACUCAUCCAGAACCACUUUGUGGACGAAUACGACCCCACCAUAGAGGACUCGUACAGGAAGCAGGUGGUGAUUGACGGAGAGACGUGUCUCCUGGACAUCUUGGACACUGCAGGUCAGGAGGAGUACAGCGCCAUGAGGGACCAGUACAUGAGGACAGGAGAGGGCUUCCUCUGUGUCUUCGCCAUCAAUAACACCAAGUCCUUUGAGGACAUUCAUCAGUACAGGGAGCAGAUCAAGCGGGUGAAGGACUCGGAUGACGUGCCCAUGGUGCUGGUGGGUAACAAGUGUGACCUCCCGACCCGGACGGUGGACACACGGCAAGCACAGGAGCUCGCCCGCAGCUACGGGAUCCCCUUCAUCGAGACCUCAGCCAAAACACGACAGGGUGUGGAGGAUGCGUUUUACACGCUGGUGCGAGAGAUCCGUCAGCACAAGAUGAGGAAGCUGAACCCGCCGGACGAGAGCGGACAGGACUGCAUGAGCUGCCGCUGCGUCGUGUCGUGAUACAGUGAAAUAUGACGCAUAUCUUCACCUUCCCGUUUUGUGUUACUCAGCUGACGGCGUGUCGGGAGAAGUUUACCCAUGGUCCCGUGCGGUAGACUGGACCAGAGAGGGAGGUAACGAACAUUAGCGACGGGACGGUGUCCCCGUCUGCCUGAUGAACAGCACUAAUGACUGAGCCGUUCUCCUCUUGAUUGGUGACCCCAGUCUGCUAGCGCUGGGCUCCUCCGAGGAUUUCUGCUCAAUUAUUGUUCUUGAAGUCUCAACACUGGCCUGAAGCGGACUCUGCUCGUCACAUGACACACACCUUCCUCAGCUCUGACUGGACACUAGUGACCUCAUCCCACGACCCCCGUCCCGCCGCAGCCGCACCUCACCAGAAACACACACAUAUAUACAUACACAUAUAUGUGUUCACGUCUGUAGAAAUAAUCAGGAGGAGUGUUUUAACAGUG